GGCAGGGGAAGGGGAGACCGCUCUGCAGAAAUGUGACUUCAGUGGCGACUGCGGGAGAAGCGGGAGAAUCCGUCCGGCUUUGGGGCCGCCGGUGCGGUGUGUAUGUUUAAAUCAGGAUGGUUAAAGCAGCUUCAUCUCAGUUCCGGUGUCCAGGAGUGUAGGUCAUACCAAAGAGAGAAAAAUGAGAACCCACCUGGUCCUCUCAUUUCUCCUCUUCUUUGUGAUCGGCUAUGGCUCCUCAGAGAACGCCAGCACCUCUCGAGGUUGUGGGCUUGACCUCCUCCCUCAGUACGUGUCCCUGUGCGACCUGGAUGCCAUUUGGGGAAUCGUGGUGGAGGCAGUGGCAGGGGCUGGGGCCCUGAUCACACUGCUGUUGAUACUGAUCCUCCUGGUGAGGUUGCCAUUCAUCAAGGACAAAGAGAAGAAGGGGCCCCUGGGCCUGAACUUCCUAUUCCUUCUGGGGACCCUUGGGUUGUUUGGACUGACUUUUGCAUUCAUUAUCCGAGAGGAUGAGACCAUAUGCUCAGCGAGGAGGUUCUUGUGGGGAGUGCUCUUUGCCCUGUGCUUCUCAUGCUUGCUCAGCCAGGCGUGGCGAGUCCGGAGGCUGGUUCGCCAUGGGAAAAGCCCCUCGGGCUGGCACCUUGCCGGUAUGGCCAUAUGCCUGAUGCUGGUCCAGGUCAUUAUUGCCACAGAGUGGCUGGUCUUGAACGUGGUCCGGGAUAAAAAGCUAGCCUGCAGCUAUGAACCCAUGGAUUUUGCAUUGGCCUUAAUUUAUGACAUGGUUCUGCUGGUGGUGACCCUGGGGUUGUCCCUCUUCACUCUCUGUGGGAAAUUUAAGAAAUGGAAGAAGAAUGGGAUUUGCCUCAUCCUUACCACCUUCCUCUCCAUCCUGAUCUGGGUGGCCUGGAUGACCAUGUACCUUUUUGGCAAUGCAGAACUAAGGAGAGGUGACGUGUGGAGUGACCCCACCCUGGCCAUCGCCCUAGUGUCCAGCGGCUGGGUGUUUGUCAUCUUCCAUGCUAUUCCUGAAGUGCACUGCUCGAUCCUCCCGUCACAGCAAGAGAAUACACCCAACUACUUUGACACGUCACAGCCCAGGAUGCGGGAGACGGCGUUUGAAGAAGAUGUUCAGCUUCCCCGGAGCUACAUGGAAAACAAAGCUUUUUCAAUGGAUGAACAUAAUGCAGCUCUACGAACUGCAGGAUUUCGAAAUGGUAGUCUGGCAAACCGACCCAGUGCUCCAUUUAGAAGCAAUGUUUAUCAGCCCACUGAGAUGGCAGUUGUGCUAAAUGGUGGGACUAUCCCAACUGCUCCGCCAAGUUACACUGGAAGACACCUCUGGUGAAAGGCUUUUACAAAGUUCCAGAGAAUAAGAAUCUCUAUUACAGAUUUUAUUCCCUGGCUGAGUCUUUCUGGGGGAGAAAUCAAUAACAGUGGCGGAACAAAGUCAUCCGCUCAUCCUGGAGCUUUCAGAAUCCCAGAUAAUGGGGUUUCAUGUAAAUGUGAACACUGGUAAACUGAUAAGCUAACCACCCACAAAAUACCAAACCAACCAACAAUUUUGCAAACUAAAGCAAAGCUAAUUUCUUGUAGAAUUAGGCUCACUCUUAAACUGCAACAGGGGAGACUGCAUCCUCCAAGUGUAGAAGAACCAAAGUCACAGUAACUGAUAAGCAGGCCUGAUUUAUUUUGAGUGCAGGUUUCCUUGUAGGGCCUCUCCCAAUGGCAAGUAUUGGAUCCAGACUGCCUCCCUCAUGAGAUUGAUACUUGGGCUUUCCCAUUUGUUUGCUAGUUGGUUUAUGUGUUGCCGGGGGUCAGAGAGAAUAAUUUGGUUAUGGGUUUUGAGAGUGUGUAUUUGCAGAUGUACUUAGAUUAAUGGGGUGAGGGUGGGGUUCCUGGUUAACACUGAGAGAAGCAUUGUAUUACCGUGAAAAUGCAAGAAACUCUUUUAAGUGAAGUCUUCCCCUGACAUUCUGAAGAAAUGGUCUCUGGUUGUUUGUUUGUGGAUCACAUUUAACAUGGUGGUGGACUGGUGGUCAUUUUUUUUAUGCCCCAUACCUGUGAUAUUUGAAUUAGGACAAGCCCCAAAGUGGAGCCAGAAGUAGACAUGACCUGUGUCAUGUGGCACCAGAAUGAAAUUCUCAAUGAUAACAAGCUUCUCUCCUCCCAUCCCACAACCCCAGAAGCUGACCUGAGAAUCUGGUAGUAUAAGCAUUUUUCUAAUUUAUCUAUAUUUUGUUUCUAAAUGUGCUGAUUGGGACCAGCAGCUCAGAAAGCCAGAGGGAUGAGCUGUAAGAGGUUUGCCACUGACCUAUGUGCUGUGGCCUUUUCAAUCCUAUAAGAUCAGUAUCAAGGAUUCUACUAUUUAGUAAUGCAAGGAACUUGUGUUCCUUAUAUUAAGGGAGUGGGAUCUCCAAGACAAGGAACAUUUUCGUUUGUGGAUUUUUUUUUGUUUUUUUGGGUGUUGGAGUAGAGAAGAAGUUUGUUAGCUGUUUUUUAUCUUGGUUACCUGCAAGUUUUCUGAAAGUGGUUAUUUCAAAACCCAUUACUUCUGCCAUAGUUUCCAUCUGUCUUCAGCAAAUCAUCCUGUUUAUUAUUAUUUAACAUUUAUUUAAUGCAUAUCCAACAUUAAAAACAUUGUGGUCUCAUUGUUUUAAUUAACAUGAUCUGCAGCUUUCUUAAAUGCCUAAAGCAAGAUUUUAACCUGACAGUAUUGGAUAUAUAAAUGAUGGGUUCUUUUGCUAUGUAGCAUAAGCUAUAAGAAAUCCAUUCUGUUUUCUAGCCUUUUUUAAAAUAAGAAAAAAAAAAAGGUAAGCCACAAAAAAAAAAAAAAAAACAUGUAAAAGGUCAAUGGUUGGGGGAAAAAAUGGUCACUGAUUUUAUAAACUUAAUACAUCUAUGCUAAAUAAUUAUAAAACCUCUUAAUUUUUUUUCUAUAUCUGAUUUUGGCUGUGCCCUACAAGCCCUUCACCCUUUGCAUAGCCCUGGGGGAAAUGAGAUUGAUUAUUGCCAUUCUUGCCGUGAUCAGCUUGCAAGUUAUUUUUUUCUCCUUUCUGCAAGUUCAUUUCCCUUUUUGCCAUGCAUGUGAAAGAAAGCAUGGCAUGAGAGUGCCUGCCCCCAUCAUAUCUCAUUUCCAGUAUCAGCCCUGGGAGCAUGCGCUUGCUUUUAGACAACCAGACACCUGACUUUAGCCUUUAGUGUGUGUUUGGGAAGGUGAUUAUUAGAUGGUUUGGAAAUUUAAAUAUUUUGGGGAGGGGGAAUGUUAGGAAAAAGGGUGGGGGGUGGGGUGGGAUGUUGCAUGCAGAACCCAUUAUUCUAAAAAUAAAGAAAUCUCCUAAUGCCUCAGUCUAAUCCAAUUAAAAACAAGUGUUACACAUUCUUGUGCCAGGAAAUGGUUACUUAUCCCAGCUCUAUGAAGUCAUUUGGAGUUGUAGAAUGCCAACAGUGACAUUUGCCUGCAAAAAAAGUCUCACUUUCAGAAAGGAACCAUUAACGAUGUAACUUUCCUCUAAGCUGUUAUCAAAAUGUCUAAGGUGACUAUGGCCUAGAUGCAGGAGUGGUUUCUCUGUGUAAAUGCUACUGCUGGAAAGUAACAUUCACUACAAUAAAAAUGAAAGUGUUUAUAGUCCUCGGACAAUUUUUUUUUCAGACAGUUAUCAGAUGUGUUUUUAAGGUUCUGUUUUUGGCAGGGUUUAAAGAUGGGAAUGAGCUAAUAAAUUGUAAUUUGGGGUGGAGAAGUGGUAAUCCCAGAAAAGAGAAGAUCAUUGUUUUCCUAAUAACCUCACAUGACUCGUACAAAGAUCUUUGCCUGGCCUAGGUCUUUGAUAGCAACUGCCCCAGAAAGCAAAGUGUGACAAAGCAUCUCUGUUUAUUAUGGCACCUCCAGUUAUUAUUUGUGUAAACAAGACGUGUUUAUUUUUAACUUUGGGUAAAAUGACCUACAAGUUGCACAUCCAUGAUUAAAACACACAAUUGUAAGCACAAAUUAUAAAUCUUUUAGCAUUAAGUUAUCAAAAGCCACUCUGGGGCCAUAAAAGCCACCAUGUCCCUUUUGGGUGUAAGACUGGAUUCAUCCCAGUUUUCACCUCUCUGCAGAUGGAGAACAGCAAUUCUGAAACUCUACAACACUUUCACUUUGUGAAAGAAUGUUGUAGUAUUUAAAAUGUGGUUCUUCCAUGGUUUAAGAGAAAUCAGAUGAAGUCGUGGGUUCUGUGCACACUCCAUGGGCUCCUGGGGGCAUCCCCUUGAUUCUGGAAAAAGGUACUGCUUAAUUGUCCUUGAAAGAGUGCCUUUUUCACUCAGAAUUAACCAGGUCAUCUCUUGGUUGAUGACAGAUGACUUUGGCUCCUCAGGCCUAACCAAAAGCUGUGCAAAAAAGGGAACAUAGUAGCUUUUAUAAUCAAAUGAUUCGACUUAUUAUACCAGCUUACAGGAUUACCCAGCAGGUGCUUUUUAUUAAUUAAGAGCAGACGUUCACUUUUGAUAGAUAAUAUAUAUUUAUUAAAUGUAUUAAUGUGUGUUUUAUAAUGUACUUUUCCUGCCCCUCCCCAUCCUGCUGCUGACCGUUGCAUACUUACAAAGAACACCUUUAGAGAAUUUUCAAGACAAUCAAUGUGUACCAUAAAUGACUGUAUAUAAGAAUACAAAUUAAGAAGGUUGUAAAGCAUGGGCAGAUAUGUUUUAUUUUCAAAAUGCUGUUCUUAACAAAAAAUAAAGGCUUUACUAUUUACGUACAA